AUGCGUGUAACUUGGCUCGUUGUAGUUUUGUUUGCAUUGGCUUCAGCAUCCGACGAUGAUCAAGGAGUAUGCACAGCUCCAACACCCUCAUGUACAGAAGAUCCGAUAGAUAAUGAAUUGGAACGACCAGUCAGUUAUGAGCAUGCUCACGUUGUGGCGAAAGACUUGGAGAAUGUUGAGGAAGACGAAUUGGAUAAUGAGGUAGAAAACAAGGUGAAUAUCGGGGAAGAUCAAUUGGAAACUGAUGUUGAAGAUGAAGAUCGGGGUAAUUUGGUAAGGUUUUAUCGUUAUUUGUUUGAAUUUUUAGGUGACAAAUACGUUUUUCAAAAUUCGAGUUAAAAACCUUGUUUUUUCGAGAAAUUUAGGUAAUAAACUCAAUUUCUAGGAGGAAGACAUAUGUUAUAAGAUGGAAAAUGACUGCACUACCUUCCACGCUUCUUUCAAACAUUCAGAAGUCCCAAAAGAAUGGCACAUUACGCUGGCUUUGCCUGAGUUUCCACUGGUAAGUUGGUUUUUGAUGUUGUAAAGAAAGUCUUGGCCGUUUUAUGUUGUGUAAAGAAAGUUCAUGUAAACUUUUGCCCUGUAAAGAAUAUCCUUGCUAUUCUUCGUCUUUUCACGGAAAUUAUGAAGUUUUAUCUGUUGUAAAGAAAGUUAUGGCCGUUUAACAUCUUAUAAACCUUGGUUUUUGCUAAUUCUCCCAUUGUAAACAAAGUUUUUGAAUAAAAACACUAUAUUUCAGGACGAACCAGGUUGCCACAAUGAAGUAACAGCCUUUACCACUCGAUUCAAAUGCAGUUCCGUAUCAAAAUCGGCUCAGUUUUAUUCAGUACAUCGCUAUGAAGCUUCUUUAUGUGAUCAGAUUGACGCAUUUUUGAAACAAGGCAUAUUCUCAAAGGAAUCUGUGAUCACGGUGAUUCAGAGUUCAAUGACAAAGGAUUGUAAUUUGAUGGUAAAGCUGAAGCAGUUUAAGAUUCAGAAGGAACAGCUGCUGGUUUUGACGACAAACGGAGCUGCAGAAGAGGAUCUACUGAAAGCUUUCUUGAACAGUGAAAACGUGUUGGAUUUGGACAAGUUUGAAAGUAGGCUUAGGUUUUUACAGUUUAGUAGCUUGAGGAAGAUCUCUUUUCUAACUUUUUAUCAAUCUAUACUUUUAUCACCUCAUAUAAAAGGCGUAACAAAUCCUCAAAGCCAAUUAAUCAUCAAGGAUAACAUAGUUUUUAACCAAAAACCUAACUAAAAGUCAUAUUUUCAGAUGAAGACUCAAAGGUUGUGAACACUAUUCGAAAGCUCGGCGAAAUGGAUAAGUUUUUCGAACCAGUAUUAUACACGGAAUGGUUAAGAUACGCCUUCAGUCCGUCCACAUUGGCCAUCAGCUACUGGUGCUUCUGUUUCUCCAUCGUAAUCGUUAUUUGUAUUGCUGUUUACCGAGUCAUUGAAGUUGUUUGUGUAAGUUUUUUCUAUCAUUAUACUGCGCAAGGACAGGUGCACUUUAAUGGAGGGAUUUAGUGCAGCGUGGUUGAUAAGAGAGGACUGUUUCACAAAGUAAUUUUUUAUGAUUUCAGGACCGAUCAGAUGAAAAUGACGAAGCAGAUGAUAGUGACGGUGAUGAAGAAGGGGCUCCAUCAAUUGACUUUAGCAAAAAAGAAGACUAG